CCCAUGUAGACAAUGCUCAAGUCUUAUGUGCUGAUGAGCAGAUUGUAAAUCGCGAUGAAACCUUCUGCGAAGACAUGAAAGAACGAGCUCUCAUGUCGGAUGAACUGUUGCUGAGCAGCAUCCGAGGAUUAAAUAUCCAACAGAGGAAUUUGUUUCACAAAGUUUCAUUGGCAAUCGAAAAUGAUUUACAUGGUCAAGAGAGUCAACUGUUACUUUUUAUCACGGGUGGAAUUGGUAAAUCAUUUCUUUUACAAUUAAUCGUGGAUCAUAUUAAGCGUUGUUAUGCACUAAAAGUAGAUACACUGCUGAAACCCAGCUUUGUGGAGGUUGGGUCAUUGACUGGUGUUGCCACCCGAUAGAUAUUUG